UUGUUCAAAGUUUUGCAAUGUAGCCUAUAAUAAGACAUUGCAAAAGUUGGAGUUAUACAUCUUUAAUUAAUUUAAUAUUGUUUUUGUAUUAACAUGUUAAAUUUCUGUGUUUAAUAAUGUGUUGUUUGUACCAUAAUUUUCACAAUUGAGGUCAUCAUUGUAAGACAAAAUUGUGAAAUUUUGAAGUAUCAGCUGGCUGGAAUUUGGAGAUGUCAAACUGUCGUAAUGAUUAGAAAACAAUAAAAUCAAAAUAAUACAGUAAAAUUUUCGUAUUAUGUUGUAUUGAAUAACGCCUCAUUAAUUAUGCUCAUAACGAGUUUAAUUGAACUUUCACCUAAUAACUUUGUACGUUAUACGGAAAACUCAAAUUAAUUUCUUCCAAAAGUGAAGUGAAAAUGGAAAGUUGUGCACCACUUAAUGUAGAAACGGUUGAAACGGACUGGACAGAUCAUACCAACACGUCUUGGUCAUCUAAAGACUGCGAUAGCAUAGCAAGUCGAGAUCUAGUAGAGUACAUGUUUGACACAUUGCUAAGCAAUAAAGAAAUUCGAAUCAUUCCUUCCCCAAUUCUUUCUAACAAUGAUGUUCAGUUGCUUCCAGAUUUUCAGUAUGAGUCUCCAUCAUCUGAAGAGUUGGAGCAAUUCAUUACAUCUUUGUUAUCAUCACAGUUGGAACUUGCAAGGUCAGUCUGCUCUUCCACUCCCUUUGCAGUUAUAUUAAAACAAAGGUUGUUAAUUCUAAAGAGAAUCUAUUUUGCAAUAGUUUCUAAAUACCAUGAGCGAGAAUUGUUUAAAGCGUCUUCAUCAAAUAAUUACAAUGAUUUAAUGUACAUACCUAAAGAGCCUGUGAUGGCAUCCAGAGCCCUUUUAGAAAUAGGGGUUCAGACUGGUUUAAGUUUAUUGUUUUCACUUUUGAGACAAAACUGGAUGAAUAGUAGCCAUUUAGGGGUUCCUUCUUUAUGUAACUCUGUCUUAAAGACUGCUCUUGACAUGAUACAGAAUUUACCUUCACUUUCUUUGGCAAAUGAUUUACAUUUAACAAGUUUGGGAGUUAGCAGUUUGGAACAGGUUUCUUGUUUUUUAAAAGAAGCUGUCCUAAAUACUCCUGGAGUUGAUAAGCAGGGCCAGAUGCUUGCUACUGAAUUGCUGUUAGGUCUUGCACUUCAAAGAGGUUCCUUGAGAUUUUUACUUGAAUGGAUUGAGAUGGCACUAGAUGCAUCUACAGAUGAAGGGAAUAAUUGUAGAAUAACUUCGUAUGCUUUUCAAAAAGCUUUACUUCUCAUGGAUUGUAACAAACAGAAAGCCAAGCUUAAGUUCAACUUUGAUAAUGAUGAAAUCUGUUUGUAUGAAGUUGCAUUAUAUUUAAUGGAGGAGUUAGUAAAUAUGGCUGUGGACUGUGAACGGUCAUCAUCUUCUGACAAUGCCGUAACGGGUAAUUGUAAAGACGAUAGUGGAAGUGAUUGCUUUAUCUGGGGAAGUAAUUCCUCACAUCAAUUGGCAGAAGGAAUACAAGAAAAAAUUAUUGUUCCAGUUAAAUCAAAAGUCUUUGUACAAAUUCAAACGGCUGAAGCAGGUCAAUAUUGUACAUUUCUGAUAUAUCGUGAUGGUAGUGUAAGCUCAUGCGGUAAAGGAACAUAUGGUAGAUUAGGUUUAGGAGAUUCUGCUACUCAAAGUACCCCUAAAAGGGUGCUAAUUGAUAGCUCAGUAAAAAAGAUAUCUAGUUCGAAAGGUAGUGAUGGGCAUUCUUUAGCGUUGACUGAGGACGGACUCGUUUACAGUUGGGGAGACGGAGACUACGGAAAACUGGGACACAAUAAUAGUAAUACCGAAAAACAACCUAAACUCGUCGGGGGGCCGUUACUAGGAAAAGUUGUCAUUCAAGUUCAAGCAGGUUAUCGACAUAGCGCCGCUGUAACAGAAGAUGGUGAGCUGUAUACCUGGGGAGAAGGAGAUCAUGGGCGAUUGGGUCAUGGAGACAGUAAUCCCCGAAACAUACCGACCCUCGUAAGGGACCUUAGUGACGUAGGAGGAGUAGCUUGUGGCUGCGCUCAUACUUUGGCGUUGUCCAAGGAUGGGACAACAGUGUGGUCCUUUGGGUCUGGGGACAGUGGCAGAUUGGGGCAUGGGGAGAUUGCGAAGGUUUAUAGGCCCAAAGUGAUAGAGGCGUUGCAAGGGAUGAUAAUAAGGAAGGUGUGUGCUGGAACAACUUUUUCAGUGGCACUUACAAAUUCUGGACAGGUAUAUACGUGGGGCAGUGGCCCAUGUUUAGGUACGGGUUCUGUGGACACUAUAAGCGUCUUGCCCACUCUAGUUCAAGACUUGGCCUCGUAUACAAUCGUGGACGUUUCUGCCGGUGACAUCCACUGUUUGGCACUUUCUGAUGAGGGUGAGGUUUUUGCCUGGGGAAAUAACGCAAUGGGACAAUGCGGUGUAGGACACAUUAACAGUCCCAUCUCUCGUCCUCAAAAGGUUUUGGGAUUGGUGGGAGUCAACGUUCGACAAAUAAGUGCAGGUACUUCGCAUUCCAUAGCAUGGACUGCUACCCCGACUGAUGCUCAACCAGUGACCCGUCACAAGCCCUUUUGCUUGGAUUUAAACGAGAAAACUUUUGAAUAUUUGAGAAAAUUUCUUGAGAAAUAUUCCAAUGGUUUUUAUGAAGACAAGCCACCGACUCCUUUCAAAACUUCGAACGAGCAUAAUGAAUUUUUGGGGCAGUGUCUUAAGUUGUUGUGCACCCACUUAAAUAUGUGCGUGACGGGCGGAAUGAGCAGCCAUAUCCUUGGUCAACAGGCCAAAGGAUUACGAAUGAUUCUUUUCAGGUUGGUCGAUAUAUCAACACCUCCUGAAAUCCAAACACAUAUACAAGAAGUUUUAAGUAAUGGAGCAUCGUUUCUUUUACCUCAACUGAAGGAGAGAAUUGAAUUUUUAAAUGAGCAGUUGCCUCACAUCAAUACUCUGUCGCAGGGGCAACAAAUGUUAUUAGAAAUCGUUUUAUACAGUUUAGAAGAGCCCUCAUAUAUUGCUACUUUAUUGGGAUACAGUAGUUUACCUGAAAAAUUUGAUUCAAAAGACCUUUAUCUUACAGAAACUUUGAUGGCAUCCCUAUUGCAGACGUUUAGCGUCACAACGGAACAAACUUUGGAUAGUGUUGUUCACCAUAUAGAGAGUGGUGCGAAAAGCAACUGGAAAAACGCUAAUAGUUCUCGUAUAUCCCAUUUAAGAAAACUACUCUCGUCAUUGCAAAACCACCUGUUAGCUCAUUGUAUUGAGAAGUCCCGUUGCAUAUGCCCGCAACCGGAAACAACAGAAAAAUCGGACGACUCUUCUAGUUUCCGUCUGUUGAUCAAUCAUUUUUCUUAUCUGUUUCCGCUCGCGUCCAGAUUGUUCAACAAGACUGCCAACAUAUUGGAAAAACACUCGUCGAGUCUCGAAUUAUUCUACAAUGUUCUCUUAGACUCAUUGUGCGGUUCCAUGCUGCUUAAAAUAUUGAAUUCUAUGCUACUCAUGCCGGGAAGUUUUCUCAGUCCAAUUCUGAGCAAAAUAUUGGACUUGCUGCCUUCAUUACAGAAAUUGAACGCUCAUUUGCCUGAAGAAGUUCAAAUGGACAGCGAUUUGAUAAUCUCAGGUACGGAAACGCCCACAUUAACUCAACUGGCUGAACAGUCGUGGAUAUGGUUAAUAGAUCUGGAACGAACUUGUUCGUUCCUCGUUGGUCAGCGAUUGGGAGGUAUGUUGGUAGGCGAUCCUCCAACCGAUGACGAAAAACGGUGUCAAAAAUGGUUAAAAACUAUCAUAUUUUCCAACGGCCUCGCCAUCGAUCAUGCUGAUCUUGAAGUGAUCAACGAGAUCGUCUAUCUAGUCUUAUUAAAUGUACCCGAACAAAUAUCAACUGCCAUUGCUAAACUCAGUCUGGAAACGCAAGUUUAUUGCAAUUUAGCAUUGAAUUUGCCAUGCCAAUAUGACGAAGCUUGUGCCGUUCAAAGCGAAGACGUGCACGAAAAAGGAUUUUACGAUGCAAUGAUCGAAACGUCGAGUGUUGAGACUUGGGACAGGGACGAUGGUGAUGCUCAGUUGCUGGAGACGACCGUGAGGUGUUUUUUGAUAACUUUACUGAAGCAUGCUAGCCUAUUGAAGAAGUCUAUGUCAAAUCCUUCGGUGAAGGUAAUGUACGGGAUUGCCAUGGGACUUAGACGGAAACUACUUAUGCCAAAGAUGCAAUAUUCGAAUGGGUUCGUGUCUUCAGGGUCAGAAGGAGAAAUAUCAAGUGACAGGGAGAAUGAUCUAGAGUUUCAAGGAGAGGAGACCUCGAAGGAAGAUACGACGUAUGAAUUUCGAGUCAAGUGUCAUCGAGUACUUGAAAGGUGCCUUUUCAUUUUGUGCUUUAUCAAAGAUAUCGAAUUAGAAAAUGAACUACAAUUCUCAUCGUCCGAUGAAAAUUUUGAAGUCGAAAAACCGUAUGUAGAUUUUUAUGAGAAUAUACGGGACAAUUUUAAAUCCCGGAACUUGCGUAAUUUUGGAAUGACCUUAAUGCAAUACGUUUCUGACACACCUAACAUCAAAACUGAUAAUAAUACAGCCGUCGGUUGGCUGACAGAGCCAAAAAUCAUUUAUUCAGCUCUUUGCUUCCAGAACAAAAGAGCUGAAAGUAGAUUGAAAUGCCUUGACGAGAUUUAUGAACUUUUAUUCAAAUCGCAAGCUGAAGGCUGUCCGACUGCCAUUAAUCAUGUGCAACAGUAUCUUUUGAGCGGCUGCUUUGGAUUAAAUAACAUUGACUCUAAUGAUUCUUGUACCCAAUUGCACCACUAUCUUGAAGGUAUUCAAGCAUCACCUCAAGAUAUUCAAGAAAAAAUCAGAGAAAGAGUACACAGAAUUUAUAGGCUGUUGAUUCAUUCAUUGGCUAAGGAUAUUGAUAACGAACGUAAUAGAAACCUGAAGCUACUCGUUAUCUUCGUACUUAGCAGAAGAUAUUUUCCAGACGAUCUCAUUCUUGUGGUGGAAAACGGUCUUAUGCCUUUGCUAAAGAAUAUCUGCAACUUCCAGUUAAUGUCUUCGUCUAUAAUUAAUAAGAGGCAGACUCUGAACGUUGCUUGCAAAAGGUUAUUGUACAUUCUAGCAAUUUCGUGUUGUUUGCAUUCAAAAAAAUUGGAAGCAUCUGUUAUAGAAAACGUGGUCGAUCAGUUGUAUGAACAGUUCGAUGCUUUAAUAGGAAAUAAUAACUUUUUAAACGUUGCGGAAGUUCUGAAGCAUUUCCCUUACAAUCGAAUUAUGUCCAGUUACUCAAGAACUUUAGGCGACUUCAUAGUUUUUCUUCGAACAAUGGCUGCCUCUAAAAGUAUUCAAAGACUCAUAGGAACCCCAAGGUGGAUCAAUAAGCUUGUAUCGUUAUUAGAGAGCAAAGAGAACCAGCUUCCCAUUCACGUACAUGCUCUCAGGCCUAAAUUGUUGGCUAUACAAUUGCUACAAACGGUGCUCCCGGCUUUAAAAUCUUCCAGUGUAGAAUGUAAAUUCCGUCAAGAAGUCGUGCAAAAAAUAUAUGACAGUUUAGCAGAUCAAAUGUGGAUGGAGCAUGGAAAUUUUUUAGAGACCGAAGAAGAAAAGCACAAGGCAAUUGAGAGAGCCCUGGAUCGUUUAGAAAAUUACAGAGGAUUCGACGACUUUUGCACUGACGUUGAUGAGAAUUUGCCAAUUCAUAACAUGGGCUUUGAUCUUGAUAAAUGCUGUAAUUGUACAGUAGAAGGAGGACUCACUUUAGUGCACGGACCAGAUGGUAAAGGAUAUGGUCUUGGAUCGCAAGUUAUCAAAUCGGGUUGUUACCAGUGGAAGAUUCUUAUAGUAAAAGAGAGUAAGGGAAAUGAGGGAACAUGUAUAGGAGUAUCGAAGUAUCCAAUUAAAGACUUUAGUCACCGUACCACGAGUGAUAUGUGGUUGUAUAGAGCUUACAGUGGCAGUUUGUAUCAUAAUGGGGAAAGGGAUUUAUCUUUGCAAAGUUACACACAAGGAGAUUACAUAACUGUUGUUUUGGACAUGGACGCGAAGACUUUAAGCUUUGGAAAAAAUGGAGAAGAACCAAAGAUAGCUUUUGAGGAGAUCGAGGAGACGGAAUUGUAUCCUUGUGUCAUGUUUUAUAGUACACACCCAGGAGAAAAAGUCAAGAUGACUGAUAUGCUGAUUCAUACAAAAAGGGAUUUACUACCUGGAGACCCUGACUUAUCUCCCUUGGCCAUCGUUCUGGCAGAAUCACAUAUUGGUUUGUUACGAAAACUUCACACCUCUGAUGCAUGGACUGAAGAGAUAAACUCAUGUAUUUUAAAUGGUUUAAAACAAAUAACGCAUAUUUUCCCUGAAACUGCAAUUUUGGACGAAACUCCCAAAAGUGAUUCUACCACUAAUUUUGACACCAAAGCCGAUAAAUUGUGCAAACUUGUUUGGCCAGCUUUGGCUAUAAUCGGAGGUGCGGAUAGAGGGCUUAGAAUGGGUGGGCUGUGCAUCCAUAAAACCAGCAGGAGAAAGGGAAUAGUGAUGGGAAUACUUAAAAAGGGUGUGACAGUUAUUAAAGUUCUUUGGUUGCCUGAUGGAGAUAUGUCAGAUGUUUCUUAUCCUUCUCUAGAACAUGUGGAACCGGUACAAUUUAAUGCUAUAAAAUUAACUGGUGUUACCGGUGACAUACUAAAAAACUUGAUUAGGCUGUCGGGGGUUACUGAUAGAAUUAAAUUUCCUGAAUAUAAGUUAACGAAUGCUGAGAAGGACCUGUUAAAGAAUGAAAAUAUAGCACAAUCUCGUCGAAACUCAUCCGUCUCUGAUGGUUGGCGUUCUACUUCCGAUUCACAGGUGUCCAAAAACAGUGGUGCCAAACAGAAUGUUAUUAGAACAGUGGAGUCUCUCACUAACGAGUUAGUGUUCAAUAUAUUGGGCGAGGUAAAGAAGAUUAGCACGAAAAAGAUGACAGCAGCAGGAUCACAGCAUGGAAGCAGUGGCUGUUCUGGAGGGGGUGGUGGUGGUGGUAAUGGCGGAAGUAUGUCAGUAGGAUUGCACGAAAGGGCACAAACACAAUAUAACAGCUACGAUCUCAAAGUUCUACAAGCAAAAUUGUUAGCAAUCGAAAGAUAUUGUUUGCAACUUGCUUAUCUUCAAUUUUCGGCUCUUAAGACAUUAAACGUGUUGCUUAUUUCGAAUAAGUAUUCAGACAUACUUUUGUUGGCGAGCAACAAGUGGUGUCAGAAUAAGGAACAGCCGGACAAUUUAACAAAUGAUCUUCAGGAGGCAAUUCGAGAAAUAAUGCCCCACUUAGUAAAAAAAUCAAUUUCCGAAUGUAAACUAAAGCAUAUGAUUGAUAUUGUGGAAUUUGAAAGGGCACAAAGUGUCCUACACUCUAACUUUCUAAAAAAUCGAUACGAGUGUGAUGGGGACAUUGAAGAUGGUCCACAGAAAAUUAACAGUUCUAUGGACGGGGCCAGUUCAUCGAGUAGUAUGUCCAGUGGAAAUUUCAAUUCGAAUCAACGAAUGUGUAGUCGCAGUUCUGCCACCUUGACAGUACCUCGGGUACCUACCGGGUUUGGAUUCUCGAAUUAUUUUUCUGGUCCCAUGUCAGAUUUUAUAACGCAAGAGCGCCGUAGACGUUUGUUUUCUAAUCUAGACAGAGACGAAUUUUGGAGUGCGUGGAGACGUUCAAAUUCGCCAUCUCAUCCACCUCCGAUAGCAGCCCCAUUGCUUGAAAUGGGUUUCACCUUGCGUCACAUUUUGCGUGCCAUCAACGCUACGAAAAGUUCGGGCGAAGUGAGCGCCCAUACAAUGCAAGUAUUGACCACCUGGAUGUUAGAACAUCCCUACAUAGGGGGAGAAUCGGCCCUAGAUAAUGGAACAGUAGCGGGAGCCAUGGGACCCGCUCAUGCCCUUGACAGCGCAAACUCAGCUGCAUCGAUCAGAAGCGAAGAGAGUACCCCAAGUCUAAGGACGACUCGAUUUCUUCAUCCACAGACUUGUCCUCAUAAUUUGGAAAACACAGAAGUGGAAAGUAUUUUUGGAAGAUGCUCGCGACGUACAGGUAACGAGUUUCGAAACUAUCUCGUGGAAAGGCUAGAACAGAUGGAACGAAUGCACGAACGGGAAAGAGAUAGGCCGCACAUGCGCGGUGAAACUCAUCCCCUUAUGUCUUCUAAUCUUUCCUUUGACGAUGGAGUCGACACAUCAGGCAUCUCUUCAAUGUCUAACAACCAUAAUUGCCAAGUUAUAAACGUUUCCAAUAGCUGUGCAAGAUGUAGUCUUUGUGGUCACCUUUCGGCCAAUUUAAAUUCGCAUAUGAUGUCGUAUCAUCCAGGAUGUGGUUCUAUCUGGGGUCCUGGUUGUUGCGGAAAUCUCUUAGGCACUCACUAUAUUCUAUGCCAUAAAUGCACUGACAGAGAAGUCAGUAAACAUAAACUUUCGAAACCUAGUCGUAGGACGCCUGCCCCUGAUAUUAUAUUUGACGAAAAUGACAAGACAGAAUCCUUAGAAGAAGACGUAGAAUCAUUUAAAUUUUCUUUACCAGAUGUAAAAUUCGUUCUUGGUUUGAAAGACAAUUUCCAACCCCAAGCCAUACCCAUGAAAGAAGGCGACUAUCUCGGUUCGUCAGUGGUACCAACGGUGACCCGCGAAAAUCAAAAGUGCGAGUAUGAGGCUCGUUACUUGGGACGUCAGGCAAAUAAUCUUACCACCUCCCUCGAUCGCAUAACCGCCCAUUCUCAUUUCACACAAUCUAUUCAAAUCCUUUUAUCUCGUUCGAUAGUUCUGAACGUGUUGUCAAUCCUGGCGCGUAGCAACAGCUCUGCAAAUCUUGUGCACGGACUGGAAAUUAUAGGACUGGACGACGUGCCCACAGUGGUUAAAUUGAUGACCUUGAUAGCCAUGAAUAGGAUCGAGAUGAACAACUCAACACCAGCAGUUGACCAUUAUGCGAACGUGGCAACACUUUCCAAAUCCCUCGCGGACACCAGUAUCCGUUCUGCUGCGGCACAUGCGUCUCUUUGCAAUCUGAGCGUGAGCAUUGCGGCGCUUGCACAGAAUAAUGCGGAUGCUUCAAAAAUGGUUGUGUCAAUGUGUACGAAGGACUUGAUAGUAUCGUCGAUGGGAAUUUUGAUGUUUAAUGGACGAUUUGCAGUCACCCAGGCUCUUGUUAAUAUCCUGUCGUCACACGGGGGUAGUUCGCUGCUUGAUAUGGCAAAGGAAGAGGCGCCUCUUGGUUCAGCAAAUGCUAAUCAUUCGGAGCCUUUAGCUCUGGCCAAUGCAUUGGCAGCGUAUAUUUUAUCAAAGCAAGUGGCACACCAGAACAAAGAAUGGGCUACUGAACAACUGUUCAAAUGCAUUGCAACAAAGGUUCAAAUGUUUUCUCAUCCAAACUCGGAUCAAGUGAAUUUUGCCGAUCUUUCCGACACCCUCCCUCACAUUCAGGCCGAUUCGCUCGAAGGUCAUGAUCACGGAGUCAGAAUGUUGGCUUGGUGCGAGAAAAAAAAACUGCUCGCAUCGAGCGGCCUGGAUGGAACUGUACGAGUAUGGAAUUUCAAUAAAAAAGAAUGUUUCUAUCUCGAACACAUGUUCGUUUUCCAUGAAUCGAUUAACGUGUAUGGAGCUGAGUUACAAGGAAAAACGAUAGGUCAUUUGAAAUGGUCACCAAAUGGAGAUUUCGUGGCAGCCGCAAUGGAAAAUGUCAUAAACGUAUGGCCUACAAGAAACAUGAGCCAAGAGAGAGAAGGCUUACAAAAAUGGUUUAUUGAUGGGCAGAAGGAAUUUAUAACAACCAUGACAUGGCCACAAAUUAAAAGGGAAGAAGAUUUGAAUGGGAAAGAAUAUCUUUUAAUAGGAAGGAUCGAUGGAUCAGUCUCACUGAUUUCGAUCACUUCAGAAACCAAGGAAGUUCAACAUCUUUCAAAUUGUUCACUCCAACACGCUGUUGUUGCAACUGAUUGGUAUUACGAACAUCAGUAUUUCGCAGUUGGGUUCAUUGAUGGUACUCUCAAGUUUGGAGUAAUAGAUCCAACUGGUGACGUUAUUGCCACUAAAGCUCAUGAGAGCGCUAUAACGUCUGUGAAAUGGGGGCCUGGUGGCACUAUCUUGGCAACUGCAUCUGCCGAUCUAACAUGCAAGAUUUGGCAUAAAGUUCAAGACGAAUUCCGUCUCUUACAUUCCUUCAUUCAGCCGCACGAACCCGUUUCUUUACAGUGGUCACCACUCAUUGGCGGAAGCAGUUUUCCUUUUCUUAUCAUCAUCGGAACGAGUUAUGGUAGUGUGUGCGUAUGGAAAUUACCUAAUGUCGAAAAUAUUGAUAAGUUGGAACCCCAGAUGGUAAUGAAUUCGCAAGGUCACUCUUAUAACCCAGUUACAACCAUAUCGAUACAUCCCAAAGGAUUGUUUUUUGCAAGUGGUUGUCUGAAAGGUUCCAGUACUGUUGUCAAUAUAUGGUCAUUGCAUGACGGCAGUUUAUUGAAGACAAUUACAGGAUCUGGAGGUGUAAAGUAUGACGGUUUAACGUGGAUUAAUGAUUACUCGUUAGGGAUCGCGUUUUCUCGAUCCAAAGCCAUAAUUAUACUUAAAUAUGGCCCUGAACAGUACAAGGAAGGAAUGGCCCUUGCAACAGCACGAACUACUCUCUUACAAAAAGGUAUUAGAGGACUUCAAUCAGCACCGUUCCUAAAACUUCUUGUAUCCUAUUUGCCUGUCAUUUUACAAUGCCAAUACAAUUUUGAAAAGUUCUUUGUACAAACGGGUGUCAAUUUGAUGCACAGUUUAUUUUUCAAGAGUUUAACGUCGUUAGCUCUUUUGCUCGAGCUCGACAAAUGUUUAUGUCAUCCUGUAAAACCUUUUAAUGAUAAAAUCGAUGGAGAAGUUGUCCAAGAAUACAGCUGGUUACAUGUAAUCAGUCUGACUACCAAAAUGGCCAACAGUUUGGUAAAAAGAAUCGAGUUACCCGCUAAUAUUAUUGACCACAUUGAUGCCAGUCCAACAACAACAACCGAAGGAGAAGUAGAUAGUAAAGUUGAUUUAGCCCAAACAACAUUUUGGAGUAUCAAACAAGAUGAACAAAUCAUGCAAUGGAUUACUCAAAGGCCACAAGAUUGGCAGAUUGGAGGGAAAUGUAAUGCCUAUCUUUGGGGAUCAGACAGACACGGGCAACUGGCAGAAGUUGGUUGUAGUGCACUAACACCCACCGUGGUAGAAUCUUUUUCAACAGCAAAAAAGAUAAUCUGCGGCCAAAACUGCACUUUCGUUAUUCAAGCUGAUGGUACAGUGUUGGCAUGUGGAGAAGGAAGUUAUGGGCGUUUGGGUCAAGGAAAUUCUGAUGAUCUUCACUCUUUAAGCGUUAUAUCAAGCCUACAAGGCUUUGUAAUAACCGAUCUCGCUACAUCGGUGGGCUCAGAUGGACAUAGUCUUGCCUUAGCCGAAAGUGGAGAAGUGUUCUCCUGGGGCGACGGUGAUUUUGGAAAAUUGGGUCACGGAAAUAGCGACCGUCAACGCAGGCCCCGACAGAUAGACGCACUUCAAGAUGAAGAAGUAGUGCAAGUAGCAUGUGGUUUUAAACAUAGCGCCGUUGUAACAGCUGAUGGAAAACUAUUCACUUUUGGAAACGGAGAUUACGGAAGGCUUGGCUUGGGGUCUACUUCAAAUAAAAAAAAUCCAGAACAGGUAACUGCUUUGGAAGGUUACAAAAUUGGACAAGUUGCUUGCGGUCUUAAUCAUACUGCCUGUGUAUCAUCCGACGGUAUGAUAGUGUGGACCUUUGGAGAAGGAGAGUUUGGAAAACUGGGCUUGGGACAUACAUCUACUAUUGCUAUUCCACAACGGGUGCAAUCAAUGUGUAACAUAGGAAUUAAGAAAGUCGGUUGUGGUACUAAUCUUACAGUUUUUUUGACCAAAGAUGGGCGUAUUUUUGUGUGUGGAAUUGACCGAAUACCAUGGCAAGUGCAUCCAAGGGAAAGGACAGACUACAAACCUCAACAACUCCUUUCCCUUGCCGAAUAUAAAGUUGAAGAUUUCAGUAUUGGCACAGAACACGUUCUGUUCCUAACGUCUUGUGGUAAAGUAUUCGGUUGGGGUAUAAAUUCAGAAGGACAGCUGGGACUGCCGCAUAUGUCAUUGGCUCGAGAACCAGAACUUAUUUGUGAACUGUCAGAUAAAGGAAUUAAACAGAUUUCUACAGGUCGUACUCAUAGUGCCGCGUGGACCGCAGCUCCCCAUCCCCAAGAUUUACCGGGCACUAGUAGGAGCCUCUCUUUUGGUCUUCCAACAGAAAUACCUGUUCAGUAUACACAUCUUCAAGGAUUAUCUAUCAAAGCGAUCCAGAUACGGUUGAAAUUUUUGUACAAUUUUUCGGAUAAACUUUAUUCUUGCUGGACUUUGAUACCGAUGGGUGCAGAACAAAAAAAUAUGAAGGUGCCUCCUUUAGAGGGAUUAACGUCGUCCAAAUUGAGACCAUUAUUGGCCCCCAAAGUUUAUACCUUACCUCUAGUACGUUGCAUUGGGAAAACGAUGGUGCAAGGACGAAAUUACGGACCCCAAGUGAUUGUUAAAAGGAUAUCAAAUAAAGGAAAGAAAUGCAAACCUAUUUUUAUCCAAGUGGCUAAACAGGUUGUCAGUAUGAAACCUCAUGAAUUACGGCUUCCUUCGAGGGCAUGGAAGGUCAAGUUGAUAGGAGAAGGAGCUGAUGACGCAGGCGGGGUUUUUGAUGACACCAUCACCGAGAUGUGUCAGGAAAUUAUCUCUGGGGUUGUACCAAUUCUGGUGCCAACCCCAAAUGCUGUUAAUGACGAAGGAUUUAAUCGUGACAAAUACUUGUUUAAUCCUCAACUGACCAACCAACAACAUUUGCAAUGGUUCAAAUUCUUAGGAAUCUUGUUUGGCGUGGCGAUGCGCACAAGGAAACCUUUAGCUGUUCCUUUAGCCCCCAUGAUGUGGAAACUAAUCGUCGACGAGCCCAUAACAGUUGAAGAUUUAGAAGAUGUGGACAGCAUGUACGUGCAAAGCUUACGUAGUAUUAGGGACAUCCAUCUUUCAGGUAUCACUGAAGCUAAUUUCCACGAUAUUAUCCCAUUGGAAUGGUUUGAAGGAACAAGCUGUACUGGCAAGAUUGUGCCAAUUGUACCUGGUGGUAGAAAUAUACCCUUGACCUUCAACAAUCGUACUCAAUAUUUUGAACAGGCGGUUAGUUUUCGAUUCCACGAGUUCGACUUGCAAGUGGCUGCGGUUCGGGAGGGUAUGGCGGGUAUAAUCCCUGUUCCCUUACUAUCCCUCGUUACUUCGGAGCAUAUGGAGCAACUGGUCUGCGGAUUGCCUCACAUUUCAAUUGCUUCUUUAAAGAAAAUAGUUAGAUACCGUGAUCUAGAUGAGAAUCAUCAACUGGUUCAAUGGCUGUGGAAUAUUUUAGGGAAUUUUACAAAUGCCGAAAGGGUCCUUUUUAUGAGAUUUGUAUCAGGUCGAUCCCGUUUGCCGGCCAACUUGGCGGAUCUUUCCCAAAGAUUUCAGAUAAUGAAAGUCGACAGAGCCCUUAACAGCUUGCCAACUGCUCAGACAUGCUUUUUCCAGCUACGCCUGCCUCCUUACUCAACCCAAGAAGUGAUGGCCGAAAAACUAAAAUAUUCUAUAUACAAUUGUCGUACCAUCGAUAUGGAUAAUUAUAUGUUGGCCAGGAAUACAGAACAUGGGCCUGCUUCUGACGAGGAAUUUUAAGUCGAAGACAAAUUGAUCUCAGUUUCGUCCUGCUCUCAUCCUUCUUCCCUAGAUAAACAAGUAAUCCUUUUUUAUUUAAAAAAAUUACUGUGAUUGAUCUUUUCUUUUAGUAUCUUUACGUAGUACCAACUAUUACUACGUUAGCAAUGAAUUUUAUGAUGAGAAGAGAAUAAGGCUAUUGUUGAUUAUUAUUAUUAUCAUUAAUAUUAAUUUAUUAUUUAUUCAAACGAAUAACCUUUCAGUAAUUUUGACGGACAUUAGGAAAUAAAUUAAGUUUCUUUUUUUUGUGAUAAAUACAAUGCUAUUAUAUUUCGGAUGGAAUAUUAAUUAUUUAUUUGUUAAUUAUAAAUAAAUGUGUAGUUAAGUAAUAAUUUUUGUAACGUACUUUACGUUACUUUGCCAGAUUUUCCAGUCCUUUUUCCUCAUUGGUUGGUAAUGUAACAUUACAUACAGGGUGAUUAAAGUUUUGACGUGUUUAAAAAAUCCAGCCAAAUAUACGUUAUCAUCAAAUUCAACCUUCAAUAAUAUAAGUGCAACAAUUUUAAAAAAGAAAAAAAAAUACCGUUAAAAUUAGAGUGAAGUCGAAUCGUACCACUUCUUUUCUUUCGGUGUAAUAAAAUUGAUAAUUUUCUUCAAUUUUGGUACGCCGAAAGUAGCCGAAAAUAAUGGUUUAUGAUCAAGGUUUUCUUUUUUUUU